CCUGUCGAAUGACACACCCUACGAGAAGACCAGCUCUCCCUUUCCCAGUAGCUAUUGGCUGCCAGUAGUUCGUCAGCUAAGAUGGUACGGCCUACCAUGACAGGCAAGGCAUGGCGACUGGAGCAGCUUGGAUCACUGCUGAGGAGCUGGUGAGAAGUGAACUAAGCUCAGUGGAUGAGAGCGGCACAUUGCAAUGUGUGGUUCACCUGCCCAACAACUCCAUCUUCCUGCAGCAGCUGGAUCGGCUGCAGACUACAGUGCAGGAGCUCAUUGGCAAGUAUGAACAAGAGCUGUCCAGGGCCAAGGAGUUUGCACAUGCUCCUGAAGAUCAAGACAGUCAGGCCCUGGAAAUGAACCGUAUGCAGGAGUCCAGGAAUCCUGGUGUCAUUUCAUCUCCUUAUGACCACCCGGCCUUCAACCUGCUUCGCUUGGAACUGGAAGGAGCACAGGAGCUGGCGGCCCAGCUUAAGGCCGAGGGAGGCAACAACGGAGCUGCCGACCUCCUCCAUCAACUCCAGAGCCAGGUGACUAAUGCCAGCCUCACCUUGAAGCUUCUGGCUGACUCUAACCAUCGAAGCUUCCGUGCUCUCCGACAGGAAGUAGAAGUCCUUGAGGGCCGACUCAGUGAGUGCGAGAGGGAAAAGGAGCAGGAACAGUCCUCCAGAGACCCUGGUCUGCCCCUGGCCCCUGGUUCUUGUGCCCAUGAAGGCCUGCAGAAAGUGGGCAGACCCCUCGUGCUGAAGCUAAACUGGAGGGGCUUCUCGCAUAAGGCAGGUGCCUGGGGCCGAGACUCAGCACCUGAUCCAGCUUCUUCCCUUUACUGGGUGGCCCCUCUACGUGUGGAUGGCAGGUACUUUGACUUCUAUCGGCUACAUAAGUCCUAUGAUGACCUGGUGCUGCUGAAGCACUAUGAACAGUGGAAGAUGGGCUAUGGUGAUGGCAGUGGAAAUACCGUGUACAGGAACUUCAUGUACUUUAACUACUACGGUACAAACGACAUGGCCAAGGUAGACCUUUCCUCCAACACCCUAGUACUGCAACGCCCAUUGCCUGGUGCCACCUAUAACAACCGCUUCUCCUAUGCUGGUGUGCCUUGGACCGAUAUAGACUUUGCGGGUGAUGAGAAGGGGCUGUGGGUGCUCUAUGCCACAGAGGAAAGCAAGGGUAACCUGGUUGUGAGUCAUCUCAAUGAUAGCACCCUAGAAGUUGAGCAAACCUGGCAUACCAGCCAGUAUAAACCAGCCCUGUCAGGAGCUUUCAUGGCCUGUGGGGUGCUCUAUGCCUUACGCUCACUGAGCACUCGCCAAGAGGAGAUCUUUUAUGCUUUUGAUACCGCCACUGGGCAGGAGCACCACCUCAGCAUCCUGUUGGAUAAAAUGCUGGAAACACUGCAUGGCAUUAAUUACUGCCCCUGGGACCACAAGCUCUAUGUCUACAAUGAUGGUUUCUUAGUAAAUUAUGACCUCACCUUCCUAACACUAAAGCCCAGGAUGCCAACACCUCUCAUCAAAAGGCCUUUUGGUGUUAGGGCUCCACCCAAAUCUUUCAAGUCCAACAAGCCCUCUAAGCCCUGAAGAUUCCAGGGCUGGCCAAGGUACUGAUAGAAGGGUGUUCAGUCUUCCUCCCUUCUAGGAGGACAGCUCCCCUAAUGACCACCCUCUUUAAGGAUUUAAAAAAAGUGAUUCUAUUUUGUUUCUUUAUAUAAUUAAUAGCUAAAUCAACAUACUAAAGCAUUGCUUGGAGGAUUUAAGAGACAAAAUACAUGAUUAACUAGAGAGAGGAUGGGGUAUAGCUGAGUGGUAGAACAUGUGUUUAGCAUGCCCUGGACCCUGGGUUCAAUCCCUAGUAUGGUAGGUAGGUAGAAAAACUAUCACUGAAUUCUUAGCACUAAACAAUAAUAAAAAAAUUAGCUGGAGAAAUGCUAAUGAUAUCUUGUGUUUUAUGUUUUGAAACUUAUCAAUGUAGUUUCUAGAAUUCUUGGAUGAUGUGACUGUCAGUUCUCAGGGUCAAGAGUAUCUGAGUCUGGUGCAGAAGAACCCCAGAAGCUGGCCUUUAGAGUGGGAUACAAAAGUUCUCGCUCUCCCCUCAACCCUUGUAAAGGGUUUCUGCAUAGAAAAGAGGUAGAAUCUUAGUUUGAAGACAUAUUGCUCUCUGUCCUCAAUCAAUUUCAAGUUUGAAUACAACUGAAAGAGGCAGUUAGGCCUGAGUGCUGCUCUAGGAUGUUAACAACUAAAUUAGCGAAGAUGACAGCCACCAGAUACAGAUUGGGCUGGGGUUCCAGCCAUUCUCAAUAAAGACUUCUUGGUGUGAUUGCAGAAAGUCUCCUAGCCAAACGUUUGUCAUUUCUUUGUCCUUCUUCAAUACACAUGCGGGCUCAAACU